AUGGUGUUACUACGGCAGCAAAAGUCUUCACUCAAAAGAGAAAGAGAAAGAGAACCGUCUUCCUCUUUCAGAAGUCCAUUUCCGUCUUCUAAAGUUCCCAAAUCCCUAGAUUUAGAAAUAGAAAAGAUGGUUUCUAUUCUGGCGGAUGCUGGUUGUACCUUAAUCAACCACUCCGCUCCUCCUUCUCUCCCUUCUGAUCCCAACCACCUCCAACGCCACCUCACCCAUCUCUUCUCUGGUGACCCUUCCCUUUCUUCUCAUUUCCUUGCUGGUUUCUCUACUUAUAUUCAGUCUCCCAAUAAUUUAACCAGGGUUUUAAACUCUUUAAAUCCUGGCAGAAAAAACAGCUUAGUCCGACAUCUCUUGUUGGUCCCCUCUAUUCAAUUAGACCUUAUGAACAUGCUUCUCGAGAAACUUCCAGAAUUCUUUGACAUAAAUCCAGAGGCUUCGUUGUCUCUUCAAGAUGAUGUUGGUAGGCUUAUUAUCAAUCAAUUUCGGUGGCUUGAUUUUCUUGUGGAUCCUCAAGCCUUUACUGAUAAGUUGAUGCAACUACUUUGCAUUUGUCCUUUACAUUUAAAGAAAGAAAUCAUUGGAUCAUUGCCUGAGAUUAUUGGUGAUCAGUCAAAUAAUAAGACUGUGGUAGACUCCCUACACCAGAUACUUAGAGAAGAUUCAGCUAUCAUUGUGCCUGUGCUUGACUGUUUUUCCAACCUUAAUUUGGAUGGUCAGUUGCAAGAACAAGUCAUCACCAUAGCAUUAUCAUGCAUUAGAACCAUUGAUGCACAACACAUGCCAUAUCUACUUAGAUUUUUACUCCUUUCUGCGACACAAGCAAAUGUUCGAAUGAUAAUCUGUCACAUCCGACAGCAUUUAAAAUUUGUUGGGGAGUCAAAUUUUCGUGCAACGCAACAAUAUAAACUAAAGGGAAAGUCUCCUGUUGAUCAUUCAGAGGCAUCUAUUCUUGAUGCCUUGAGAUCAAGUCUUCGAUUUAAGAAUAUGCUUUGUCAGGAGAUUUUAAAAGAAUUGAAUGGCCUCCAGAAGCCGCAGGAUCACAAAGUCAUAGACAUAUGGCUUCUUGUGCUUAUGUAUACAAAUGGCGAUAUAGCCCUGCAAAGGAGCAUUUUAAAGCUUUUCAAGAAGAAAAUUAUUGAAGAUUGCAUUCAGGAAGUUAUGCUUGAUCAGUGCAUUCGUGGGAACAAAGAACUGGUCCAGGAUUAUUUUCCGUCCUUUCUAUCUUUCUCCGAGUACUUAUUGGGAUGCAAAGAACAAAAGACGAGGGAAUUUGGCAUUUACAUGUACACCAGCCUUUUUGAAGAGUUUACUGAUACUUAUUCAAGACAGGAAGUUCUCGGUGCACUAAUUACGCAUGUGGGAUCUGGUGUUAGUUUUGAAGUGAGUUCUGCUUUAGAGACCAUGGCUCUGCUGGCCUCCAAAUAUGCACCAGAACUGAUUCCACUGUCUUCUCAUAUUAAUGGGAUUUUGGAUUACUUGGAGGGUUUUAGUAUUGCAAAUUUGCACAAGGUCUAUGAGGUUUUCAGCCAUUUGGCACUGUCUGGUCAAUCUAGUGCAGGUUGUCUUGGAUCUUCUAUUGCAAAUGAACUUCUGAUGAUAGUGCGGAAGCAGGUCAGCCAUACAGAACUGAAGUACAAAAAGAUGGGCCUGAUAGGAACUCUGAAGAUAGUUUCUUGUCUUGGUGAUGCUAGUAAUGUUACUGGAACAUCUCCAUUUCAGAAAUCAAAUGCUGAAGAGGCUUUGGAACUCUUAAAAACAUCUCUGAAUUCGUGCAAACAGAUGUACUUGCCUUUGAUUCUCUUUUAUGAUGAAUUGACUACGGUAUUGAACUGCAGAACACUUCAGCCAGAAAUCAUAGAAUGGAUUGCAAAACAUGUUGGAGAAUUUGAAUAUAUGUUUCUGUCUGAUCUUGAAGGUGGGCAACUGCCUAUUAAGGACUCAUAUUGUGGUUUAGAAGGGGAGCUAUGGAUGAACCUGGAUGGAGAUAUAUCUCCUAUUUGUUUGAACAUUUUGCCUUUGGUUUCGUCUUCUUUGCAGUCUGACUCUUUACAAAUUCUUCCUGCAAAGUUCCUUUUACUCUCUGCUGUUGAGAGGUUAACAAAUCAAGGAUCUCUUGGAGGAAUUGAUGCAUUACUUGGCUGCCCUUUACACCUUCCUUCCUCUAAGUAUUUCUCUGCAGCUGGUUGGCAGUCUCUGACAGAGAAGCAGAAACAGAUUGUGAGCCUCUCGCUUUAUUAUGCAGCAAACUGGAUACGAGAACUGCUUAAUGCCUUCUGUACACAAGUUGCUGAAAGACUGGAAUUAGUGAGUCAGGCUACAAAGCAGGAUAUAAUUGCGAAGCUGUUAAAGCGACUGAGGAAUCUUGUAUUUCUUGAAAGCUUGUUAAACUAUUCCAUCAAAUGCUGCCCUCAAUCUCUACCUGAGCUUCAUCUUCUUCUGGACCAAUGUGGAUCCUUACUCCUGCAUCAACCUAGUAAAAUGGGACAAGUGACAAAAAAGAAUGAAAACAAGAAAAUACAUGACAGCAUCCCUCCAGACAAGAAAAGGAAGCAUAAAAAGAUCUCAAAGUCAUCAACAAGUUCAGAUAUAAACGAAAAAUUGCAGCAACCAACAAUAUUGGAUGUUUUGAGAAAAGCAGGAAGUCUUACAAGCCAAGAGGUGACAAAUGAGGAUUGUUCUAGUACAUUUUCUAAAAGCAGGAAAGCUGAGGCACCUGAUCAAACUUCCUCUGAUUGUAAUGAGGCAGUAAUUAUAGAAGUUUCUACAAUUGCCAAGGAUCUGGAAACACAAAGAUAUAAGUUCAGGCCUCUUCAGUUGCAAUGCCUGUCCUUUUUGACAUUUUCAAAGAACCAAGACUCUUGUUGCUCUGAUCCUGCAGUUGAGUUACCCCUGUAUCUGUACCUUUUGCGGGAUUUCCACUACAAGCUGGAUUACUUCACUCCUCCAAGCAAACAAUUGUCACUCAGAUGCUGGAGUGUUUCUGCUGGUUUUACCAGGAUGACAACUGAAGAACUCUUGAGCAAAGUCAAACCUGUAUUUCCAAGUCUUAAGAGGCAAUUUGAGAAUGCAGUUUGCAUUCUUAAAGGUGGUGAAACUUGUCAAGAUCAUUGGAAAGUGGAAUCUGCUAUUUCUGGGAAUCCUGAUAUACACAAUAUUAUGUUUUCAAAUUCUUCCAUUUCCACAUUGGUCAUUAAAGAAGUACUUAGUUGUUUCAGUAAGAUGCUAAACCUUCCUGACAUGCAAAUGAACAAACCAGUGCUCUCGGAUCUGCUACAAUCAUUCCAGCCGGUCAAAAUACCGGAUGCUAUAAUUUCAGGCUUACAACCUUCCCCUUUGCCUGGGAAAAUAGAGUAUUUAUAUCUCGGUGUCUUUUCAUUUCUAGAAGAUGUCCUGAAUAUAGCAUGUUCUUUCUCCUUUAUGGUGGCCUCGGAAUCUCUUCUUACUUUAGAAUCUGUUGUAAUAUCCCUUCAAGGGUUCCUUGAUAAGUUGGGAGAAAAUAGUACAAUUACACACUCGGGAUUUAUCCAGGGUACACUUCAUUCCUUGCUUACUAGACUUGGAAUUUCUGCUCAGAAGCUAUUAAAGCAUAACUGGGAUGAUGAAAGUCUUGAGAAUGGUUGGAAGAACAAAGGAGAAAUAGUACAGAAGAUUCUAUGGAUUUAUUUGGAGCACAGCGAGUCCACUACCGAUUUGCUGGAUGAGCUUGCAUGCACCAUCUUGCCUCAGGUUACUUUGUGGAAAACAAAGGCAGAAGAAGGUGAUCAACAUGGUUUUCCUGCUCUAUGUCCUGCCACAUUUGUUGCAUGGUACCGGGUACUUCAUGAAGUGAACCUUUCUAUUCUCAACAAACUGGUGAAGGAAGCUGUUCACUUGGAAAAACGGAAGGCUGGUUUUCAACCCGAAAUUGUUCAAACACAUUUAACCAAAACACACAAAUGUGUGAACGUGGUGGUGUCAUUAGUUAACAUGUGUCGGACUCAUGACAAGGUGACUGUGCAUGCCAUGGCUGUCAAGUACGGUGGGAAUUUUGUUGAUACCUUCCUGAAAGCUUUUGACUUCUUACAAGUUCACUUUCAAACACACAAUGAAAUUGUAAUCCAAUUGGUGAAAGAACUUCAAAAGGCCACAAGAACAAUACAGAUUCUAUGUUCUGAAGCAAAGGGAUUGAAACAAACAGUCAUAACUAGCAAAAUUCCUUCUACAAAGAGGUCAAUGGAACGUUUUCUGUUUCGUGUCAAGGCGCUUCUCCAUACAUCAUCUAGUGGAUGCACCUUCUGGAUGGGCAAUCUAAAACACAAAGAUUUGAUGGGUCAGGUUGUGAGCUCACAGGCAUAUGUAGAUGAUCCAAACACCAAUUUUGAUGAGGAUCAAACCGAAGCUGUUGAUGAGGAUCAACCUGUUAGUCCGGCAAGUGCGGACAGACAAACAGAAUAAAUAGUUUCUUGUGCAUAGAAAUCUUCAGUUUUCUUUACUUAUGCCUAAAUAGUUUCUUGUGU